AUAAAGAAAAUAUCGAGUUACAUCAUUGUUAGCUAAAUUGGCGGCAAAUGUCGUCGCGUGAAUUUGAAUAAUUGCAAUUUUUCUAAUUUUGAUAGUGGAGUCGCUAAACUAUCGACAAUUUUAUUGUACAUGGCGUACAUUAAUGGCUAACUUAUCGCUAUCAAUGCUGAUAAACACCGAUAAUAUUGUAAGGAAAAAAACUGCAAGAUUCGACUUUUAGCGUACAAAAAGAAGAAUUAAUUGAUAUCCGUUUAUAAAAUGGCAACGGGAGAUGAUAGACGCGUGGCACUAAUCACGGGUAUCACUGGACAAGAUGGUUCCUAUUUAGCAGAAUUUUUACUAGAAAAAGGAUACAACGUACAUGGUAUUAUUAGAAGAGCGAGUUCCUUUAACACCGCUCGUAUUCAGCAUUUGUACGCGGAUCCUAAGUGUCAUCGUCAGGGUAAAAUGAAAUUACAUUAUGGAGAUAUGACCGAUUCUAGUAGUUUGGUAAAAGUAAUCAGUUCCGUGCAACCAACUGAGAUUUAUAAUCUCGCGGCUCAAAGUCACGUUAUGGUAAGUUUUGAAGUAAGCGAGUAUACGGCAGAGGUAGAUGCGGUAGGAACCGUGAGGUUACUAGACGCGAUAAGAACGUGUGGUUUAGAAAAAUCCGUAAAAUUUUAUCACGCGUCGACGUCUGAACUCUACGGCAGGGCAGUGGAAGUACCGCAGAACGAAAAGACUCCGUUUUAUCCACGUUCCCCGUACGGUAACCGCUCGUUCCGAAUUUCUUCUUGGUACGAUACCUCUGUUUUCUUCAUUUUAUUAUUUACUAUAUUUUUAGCAUGCGCCAAAUUGUAUAGCUUCUGGAUAGUAGUCAAUUAUAGGGAGGCUUACAAUAUGUUUGCCUGCAAUGGUAUAUUAUUCAAUCACGAAAGUCCUAGAAGAGGAGAAAAUUUUGUAACUAGAAAGGUCACAAGGUCUAUAGCAAAGAUACAUUUAGGUUUGCAAGAUGUUCUUGAAUUAGGAAAUCUUGAUGCCAAAAGGGACUGGGGUCAUGCCAAGGAUUACGUAGAAGCAAUGUGGCUUAUGCUUCAACAAUCAACGCCAGACGAUUACGUUAUAGCCACGGGGGAGACUCACAGUGUCAGAGAAUUUGUAGAGGCUGCGUUCCAACACAUUGGACGUACGAUUAAAUGGGAAGGAGAGGGGUUGAACGAAACGGGGAAAGACGCAGAUAACGAAAAAAUAUUAGUACGAGUUAACCCAAAAUACUUUCGACCUACGGAAGUUGAUGUUCUUUUGGGUGAUGCAACUAAAGCAAAGGAAAAAUUUGGAUGGAAACCGACCGUUACAUUCGAGGCAUUAGUUAAAGAUAUGAUGGAUUUCGACCUAAAUCUAAUGAAAAAAAAUCCGAACGCUUAGUGUCAUUUUAUUUUAAUCUAGAUAAUUACAUAAAGGUAUGAAAAACGUCCUAUAUAUUUGCAUAUUGUGAGAUAUAUGCAACAGCUAGAUACGAUAUAAAUAAUCCACACGUCGGUAUCACACAUUACUGCAUUUCUACAAAGUAAGAAUAUUCAAGUUGUAAGGUAAGAAGGUUAUAGGAUCCUUUUCAAAGUAUUAUAAAUCGUACAACAAACGAAUUAGCAGGAACGAAUUGUUUAUAUACGAAGUAUAUAAGUUUUUAUAACUAGAAUCUACGCAAUAUAAGAUACACAAACGUUCACUUGAUAGCAUUCGAAAGAAAAACGCAUACUCUUUUAUUAAAUUUCGUACGAGCCUCGAAUGCGUAUGUUUGCGUCCGCGGGUUGCGUGCAAGGAACCGAUGGCUGUUUAUAAAUUGAUUUAUGAUAGAGACGAAGGCUCCUCCUUGCGAAGCGUGUACAUAAACAUAGGAUAUUUUUUAUGAAAGCUUUACAUACAAGCUGUACGCACAAACGGUAGAAGAAGAUGUGUAUCACCAUUUUAUUAAUUGUCUUCCACCAAAGUAACGGCUCUUACGUCGUAGUUUAAUUCGUACCUAAUACAUGUAACUACAAUGUAACGUAUUAUGUAUCGUACGCUAGCUUUACAUUUUAGUUAUACAUUUUGGUCUUUGUAUAUACAAGAAGAGGAAGAAGAGAAAGAAGAAGGGGAGCAACGCUACGACCGAAGAAAUGGAACACAUUCCGUCUCUCCCGAAUAAAUAGAAAUAAGAGAAAAUUAAUGGAGGAUUUACAAGGAAUAGAAGUUUAACUUUUA